AUGUCUAUUGUCUCGUUAUUAGGUAUCAACGUGAUCAACAAUCCAGCGAGAUUCACUGACCCAUAUGAGUUUGAAAUCACAUUUGAGUGUUUAGAACCGUUGAAAGAUGAUUUAGAAUGGAAAUUAACAUAUGUUGGUUCAUCAAGAUCUCUUGAUCAUGAUCAAGAACUAGAUUCUAUAUUAGUUGGUCCUGUCCCAGUUGGUAUAAACAAAUUUUUAUUCACUGCAGACCCACCAUCAGCAGAGUUAAUUCCAUCAAAUGAAUUAGUCUCAGUAACAGUCAUAUUAUUAUCAUGUGCAUAUGCAGAUAGAGAAUUCGUUAGAGUAGGUUACUACGUUAAUAAUGAAUAUGAUUCUGAAGAAUUGAGGGAAAAUCCACCAAAUAAAGUUCAAGUUGAACAUGUUACUAGAAAUAUAUUGGCUGAAAAACCAAGAGUUACAAGAUUUAACAUAGUAUGGGAUAAUGAAGGUGAUGCUACUGAGGAAUUCCCACCUGAGCAACCUGAUGCUGAUUUAGUUGAGGAUGAUGAAGAACAAUAUGGUCAAGGUGAAAAUGAAGGUGAAGAAGAUGAAGAAGAGGAUGAAGCAGCUGAGGAAGUUGAUGAAGAAGGGAACCCUGUCAAAAGUAAUAAUAAUGAAGAUAGAGAAGGUACAGUGGAAGCUAGUGAUAAGAAACCAGAGGACGAUAAACAAGGUGAUGAAAAAAUUGUAAAGAAACAAAAAAUCGAUGGUGAGGAAGUUAAGAAAGAUGAACCAAAACAAGAACAAACUCCAGUAGUGGAACAACAAGAGGAAGAAGAAGUCAAGACUCCAAAAGAUGAUGAAAAUUUACUAGUAUAG